AUGGCGAAAAAAACACCAAAGGAGAUUAUCAGUGAUAUAUUCAGUAAUAAGCUCAAAUCAGACACUCAAAAAUCGACUAAUGACGAGAAAAAAAAGAUUAACAAAAAAAGUUCCAAAAAAAAACCUCAAAAGAAGGUUUUAAACAAUGAAACCUCAGAUGUCAGUGUCAGAAAGUAUACUGUGGAUGGCCUGCCUAUAUACACUUAUGAGGACCUCAACAUAGGAAAAGGAGGGGGUACAGAUGCAUGCCCUUUUGAUUGCAAUUGCUGUUUUUAA